AUGACCAGUAUAUCUCCCUUUGUCAGUUCCUCCAGGCAAACUCUUCGCGCCAUACCCAGAUGUAGUCGUGCGAGAGCUUCAAUUGCUUGCAAAGCAGCCACUCUACCCUAUCACCGAUGUCUCCAGACCUCCGCUCCACCCCCACAGCGAAUACCAGACUUUGCUUUCGCAUUCGACAUCGAUGGCGUCCUCCUCCGCUCUCACGACCCUCUACCGCGCGCACGGAAAGCACUAUCCUAUCUCCAGCAGCAGCGUAUACCGUCUAUCCUCCUCACGAAUGGCGGCGGCAAGCAUGAGUCUGAGCGCGUGGCCGACUUGAGCGAAAGCCUGGGCGUGUCGCUUGACACCAGCAUGUUUGUACAGAGCCAUACGCCUUUCGCGGACAUGGAUCAGUACAAGAACAAGACGGUGCUAGUCUGUGGAGGCGAGGGGGACAAGUGCAGAGUUGUUGCCGAGAAAUACGGCUACAGAUCCGUCGUCACCCCCGGCGACAUCCUCGUCCAGCACCCCGAAGUCUGGCCCUUCUCAGCGCAUCUAACGUCCCUGUACAAACCCUUCGCGCGCCCCCUUCCCAGGCCCAUCCACCCCACCGAUCCCUCCUCCUCCCUCAAAAUCGACGCAAUCUUCAUCUACAACGACCCGCGCGACUGGGGUCUCGACGCGACGCUAAUCCUCGACCUGCUGCUCUCCUCGCGCGGUAUCCUCGGCACCCUCUCCGCCUCCAACAACACCCCCUCUUUCCCGAACCGCGGCUACCAGCAAGAUGCUCAGCCGCCGCUGUAUUUCUCGAACCCGGACUUGUGGUGGGCGGCGAAAUAUCAUCUGCCGCGGCUGGGACAGGGCGGGUUUAGGGAGGCGUUGGAGGGGCUGUGGGCGGCUGUUACGGGGGGGGAGAGGAUGGGGGUCAGGCUCAUGAAGACGGUUAUCGGGAAGCCGUUCCGCGAGACUUUUGAGUUCGCGGAGAAGAAGCUUGUGGGGUGUCGGGAGGAGAUUUUUAGGGAGGUGGUGGGGGAGGGGAGGCUGGAGCCGUUGAGGAGAGUUUAUAUGGUUGGGGAUAACCCGGAAUCGGAUAUCAGGGGCGGCAACACAUAUCAGAGCCCUCACGGCACGGACUGGUGUUCAAUUUUAGUGAAGACUGGCGUAUACCAGGAAGGCCAGGAGCCGACUUGGAAGCCUCGAGUCAUUGUAGAAGACGUCUACGAUGCAGUACAGUGGGCUGUAGAGCAGUCCGAAUGGGACAAUGGAGACUGA